AAUGAAUCGAGGUCGACUGAUCAGAUCUCUCUACGCAUUACGCCACAUUUGAAGUUCUGUGAACAUCGCACACUAAGGAGAGAGGAGCUGCUGGGGCUCUCCAGGAACCAGGAAAGAGAAACGCAUUUUCGGCUGAACGUGAGGAAUAUCAUGACCAGGAGCCCAGUGGUUUAGCACACAGACUUUCUCAGCCCCUCCAGGGAUAUUUGUGUUUUUGUUUUAUGUUGGACUCAUUUGCCUCUGUGGAUUAUGGGAUGUAACCAGUCAACUGAGACCAGGAUCUGCUCUUCCUUGUUGGGGAUCUAAGACAGGAGUAGGCUGGAUAGAGCGUUCUCCACACAAGCAGUGAAGGUGAGGAGCACUGAGGUUUAACGUGAUGGCAACACCAGGCAUUUCUCCAGCUGAAGACUGAGCUGCCAUGGAGCAGAGGUGAACCACUUCCUUCAUAUCGGAGAAAACAGCAAACAAGCACAAAAUCAUGGGGAAUUCGUACGCAGGGCAGCUGAAGUCGGCUCGCUUUGAGGAGGCUCUCCAUAACUCUAUCGAGGCCUCGUUGCGGUCGAGCAGUGGCGACCCGCAGCCCAUUUUUACACAGCUUUAUCUUGAGCCUGACCAGUACCCUAGCAACAUGGAGGACAUGAAAGUCAAAGGGGAGCCGGGCCUUCGGUCUGCAGAGACCAACGGCCCUCUGCUGGUCAGCAGCCAGGCUUCCCCCGACAUGGAUGACCUGGACGACGAGGAUGAGUCUGACACCAGCAGCCCACCACUGCCCUACCUGCAGGGUCUGGCCCCUGAUGGCUGCUGCCUCAUGGAUGGCUUCUGCCAGGCAGGGAAGGACCUGCGACUGGUCUCCAUGACAACAGAGGCCAUUGACGUUCCACCUGGAUUUGAGUUGGUGGGGGCUAAGUCCCCAAGCAUCCCCGAGCACGUACUGGUUUGUGCAGUGGACAAGCGCUUUCUUCCAGACGAGAAUGGAAAAAAUGCACUUUUAGGAUUUUCGGGAAAUUGCGUGGGCUGUGGAGAGAAAGGCUUCAGAUACUUUACAGAGUUCUCCAACCAUAUUAACCUGAAGCUGGCCACUCAGCCCAAGAAGCAGAAGCACUUAAAAAACUACCUGGUGAAGAAUUCUCAGGGUGCUCUGUGCAAAGGACCACUGAUCUGCUGGAAAGAUUGUAAAACGAGGCAAUUCUCCAGCAGCACUUCUUCCUCCAAACCCAGCUCCUCUUCCUCGCUGAGCAGCAAAGAGAACGGCGGGACUAACGGCCACAGCUCCUCACCACUCUCCAUCACAGAUUCCCCACCAGCUCAUGUCCAGUCCAGAUCCUCUGGUCUCUUCGGAGGCCAAGACCUGCCCCGAGAGUGCAGCUUCAUCAAACCACUGGCCACACAGGGUACAAAGACACUGCCUAUAGUUCCCACUGCUCUGCGGGUGAAUGGCUUAACCAAUGGGCUUGGUGCAGAGGGGAGGCCUGUGCAGCUGAGUCCCACGCAGCUGACCCCUCUGGCCAUGCCCCCCCAGACCUACCGCCCCCUAGAGCCCGGAGACAGUCCAGCCUCCACAGCGAUGUCCUCCGGCCCCCCAAAGAAGCGCCACCGCAGCUGGCACCCUGCGUCCACAGUGGUGCCCGUCCCCUCCACGGCUGUGCCUGUCCCCGCCAUCCGGCCCCUCGUGUGCACUCCAGGCUCUCUGUUGGCACUGUCUAGUCCCCAGUCUCCCUCUGUGUCCACCCUGAUCCAGCCACAGCCAGUCACAGUAGGAGACACCGUCAUCGUUCCUGACAACCUGCUCAACAUCUCUGGAGUCCGGCCCGUCAUCCUCAUUGGCCAAGGCACUUUACCAUAUUUCUAUGGCAAUGUGGGAGACAUAGUGGUGAGCCCCCUGCUGGUCAGCUGCUAUAAGGGCAGCCAGCUGCCUGAGAAGACCCUGGAAAACUUGGGCAUGACCAGCAGCCAGCUCCUCACCGUGGAAACCAUGGCCCUGCUCACCUUACAAUAUCUUGCCCGACUAGGCCCAGAGGUGAUCCCGCUGCGGGAGGAGUUUGAGCAGAUCGUGCUGAAAGCCAUGCUGUGUGGGCCGCCAGGCCCCCCCGUGUCCCCGGCCCAGCUGCCCUGGCUGGCCCGCGUGGAGGCCAGCGUCUCUGGCGGCACCCUGCAGGUCCUUGUCACCCACAAUUCCCUGGGUGAGGGCAUCUCCGAGUCCCUGCGCACCCUGAGCGAGGGCCCUCACACGCAGUGCCUGCCCAACUAUGUAGUGAUCAUCUGUGCCUCCAAGAUGAGUGGGAACGAGUUCUGUGUUCUUGUGCUUGGAAAAUACCAAGCGCGAGCACUGGCUGAGGGCAUGCUCACCACCAACGAGUUCCUCAAGGAGAUCAGCUACGAGCUCAUCACUGGCAAGGUCAGCGGCCUGGCCGCACACUUCCAGAGCACCUCUUUAGGAGACAACCUGGAGAAGCAGCUGAUGAAGUACCAGCGACGGCGUAAAGAGCAGGUCAUCCAGCCCUUCCAGGGAGACGUCACAGACUACGUCCACACACAGGAGGCAGUGGCUAUGGUCCCAGCCUCAAAAGCAGACCUGCUGAACGAGGUGUUCCAGAUCUACCCCCCUCAGCUGAACGUGGCGCGCAGCCUCCUCUCCCAGGUGUGCUCCAUCGCAGACUCGGGCAGCCAGAGCCUGGACCUGGGCCGCUUCUGUAAGGUGGACUUCCUUGUGCUGGUGCCCCCCUCCCAUGUGCUCGUGCACCAGACCGCCCAGCGCAUCAGACAAUCAGGUGUUUUGGUAGACCUCGGCAUGGAGGAUGCUGCGUCUGCCCUUCUCAAAUCAGACAAGUAUGUGGUGCGACUGGACACUGAUGUUCACGCUAAAAUGGAGGCCUUCAUGAGGAAAGUGAAAAUGAACCCUUACACCCUGUUCGUCCUCAUCCAUGACAACUCUCACGUCGACCUCACCAGCGCCCUCUCUGGCUCUGUAUGCCAUGGCGAGCUGCAGGGCCUGGCCGACCGCGUGGUCAACUGCCAGGAGGUGCUGGAGGCGGUCAACCUGCUGGUGCUGCAGGUCAGCUGCUUCCCCCACACACUUCAGACGCGCCAGUCCCGCAUCAGCAUCCACAACGAGGUGCACUGGCCCAGCCGCGACAGCCUGGGCGAUCCUUCUCCCAAAGACCUGGUGUACUUUGGCCUGAGUGACUACAGCAGCUCCCUGCAGUGGGGUGUGGCCAGCCCCAUUCUCCGUUGUGAUGAUGCCUUCGAGAGGAUGGUGAACACCUUGCUGGAGAGGCACCCUCACCUGCACAGCAUGGUGAUCCGCAGCUACCUGCUCAUCCAGCAGUACACGGAGGCCAUGAUGGCGCUGACUGUGGCGCCGCCGCUGCGCGACCACGUCACGCCCGAGACGCUGACCAUGGUGGAGGACCUGAUCAGCGGGCCUGGGCGCAGCGCGUCCGGCCGUGGCCACAUGCUGCUGGUGCGCGUGCCCUCGCUGCAGCUGGCCAUGCUGGCGCGCGAGCGUCUGGAGGAGGCGCGUGACCGUCUGGGCCUGCAGUACCGCUUCGCCGUGCUGCUGGGCAGCCCUGCCGCCGAGCUCAGCCUACCCCGCCACUUCUGCAACCGCCUCAGGGCCUGGCGCGGUUGCAGGAACGAGGACUGGGUGCCGCAGACGUACGAAGACCUCGAGGGCCUGCCUUGCAUCGUCAUCCUCACAGGAAAAGACCCGUUAGGAGAGACUUUCCCCAGAUCCCUGAAGUACUGUGACCUGCGCCUGAUCGACUCCAGCUACCUGACCCGCACUGCCCUGGAGCAGGAGGUGGGUCUGGCCUGCACCUACGUGACCAAGGGCGUGGUACCAGAGCCCAGGAGGAGGUUCCCCGAGGAGCAGGAGGAGGAGAAGGGCUCCAGCCCCACUGAUGAUGCGCACAUGGACCUGGAGAGACCCCACAGCAACGGCAGCGCGGUCACUAGGGCUUCAGGCUCUCUGACUGAGAACGGGGUGAGCUCCUCCGGCAUGCCCGACACCUCCCAGAAGGCCUCUGUCUCCUCGCACUCGUCCUCGCUGACUGAGACGGGCAGCAGUGGCACCGAGGAGGUCAGCUGUUCGCCGCGCCGGGUCAAGCAGGAGUGCGACUCGCUCCAGGGCCCGUCCACGAGCGCCCGCUCCUUCUGCUCCUCCGCUUCCUCUUCGUCUUCUUCCUCGUCUUCCUCCCCGUCCUCUUCGUCCGCGGCGCAGCGGCCCAGCCAGUCCACGCAGGCGCAGUGGCGCGGCGCCGGACACGGCCACCUGUACCCGCGCACGGCCGUCCUCUCGCGGGCCGCGUACGUGCUUCUGGCGCCGGGCGCCCGGGACCAUCCCAGCUCGGCGGCGCUGCUUCCCCACGCCGACAUGGUCUGGAGCAGCCCUCUGAGGCCGCCCCUCCCCCAGCAAGUGAGCAGCGCCGAGCAGUCACUCUACUACCGCCAGUGGACCUGCGCCCGCAAGCACCACGCCGACUCUGACGGCCCCGCCACACCCCACCCCAGACGCCUGCUCCUGAGCGGACCACCACAGGUGGGGAAGACGGGAGCUUACCUGCAGUUCCUGAGAAUCCUGUUCCGCAUGCUGAUCCGCCUGCUGGAGGUGGAUGUGUACGAUGAGGAGGACUUGGAGGAGGACCUGGCGGAGCCCUCCGACGGAACGCCCACCACCAUCACUAGGUGGCCAGAUGUGGAGGAAAUCAGGAAAAUGCCCUUUGACCCAGUCCCUCGUGACCCCAAGUUCCGACUCUCCAGCCCUUUGCAUUCUAAGAAAAUGGCCAAAACAUCAACAGGGUUGAAAACUGAAGCUGUGAAUGAUACUGCUGCCAAAAGGAACACAGUGUCGAUCAGACAAAGCACAUAUGCAGCCCACAAUGCCUUUCACCACUGUGAGCACUGCCACCACUACUGUGAGGCCAGCCCGGCCACCCAGCUCUCGGAGUGCACCUUCCACGCCUUUACCUUCUGCUCGUCCAUGCUGGGCGAGGAGGUGCAGCUGCACUUCAUCAUCCCCAAGGCCAAGGAGGGACACUUCAUCUUCAGCCAGGAGGGCAGACACCUGGAGAGCAUGCGCCUGCCCCUGCUGUCCGCCAAGGACCAUGGCCUGAAAAGCCCCAUCUUCACGCCUACUACGGGCCGUCAGGAGCACGGCCUGCUAAACAUCUACCACGCCAUGGAGGGCUCCGAGCACCUGCACAUCCUGGUGGUCAGGCAGUACGAGAUGCCCCUCUACAGGAAAUACUGGCCCAACCACAUUCUGCUUGUGCUGCCCGCCAUGUUCAACAGCUCCGGAGUGGGUGCGGCCCGCUUCAUGAUAAAGGAGCUCUCCUACCACAACCUGGAGCUGGAGCGCAACCGGCAGGAGGAGCAGGGGGUGCGCAGGCAGGACGUCUGGCCCUUCAUCGUCAUGAUGGACGACUCCUGCGUGCUGUGGAAUGCCCAUCACUACGCACAGGACAGCAGCGGUGCUCCCGAGGUCACCAAUGUCUCGCUGAAGACCGUGCUGAGGCACAUGGAGACCACGCCAAAGAUCUCCUCAUACGCCAUGUGCGGCGUCCGCAAGUGGAGCAGCGUCCUGGCCUCACGGCCCACCGCUGUGCCCUUCUCCCGCUGCCACCUGCACGACUUCGUCAUGCUCAACGUGGACCUGACGCAGAACGUCCAGUAUGACCUCAACCGGUACACGUGUGAGGAGGUGGACUUCAACCUCAGGGCCAACAGCAGCGGCCUCCUGGUCUGUCGCUUCAACCAUUUCAGCUUCAUGAAGAAGCACAUCCCCAUCGGGGGCCACAAAGACUUCCUCAUCAAACCCAAACUGAUGGGCCUGGAGAGCUCAACCCCCAUCAGUGCUUCCCAGUACGUGUGCGCCCCCGACAGUGAGCACACCCUGCUGGCCGCCCCAGCCCAGUUCCUGCUGGAGAAGUUCCUCCAGAGCUGCAGCCACCGGCUCUUCCCCAUGGCCCUGCACAAUGCCAGCAACCCUGUGCUGUCCAUCGACAGCUACCUCAACCUGGGCCCAGAGGUGUCAGUGUGCUACGUGAGCUCGCGGCCUCACUCCGUAAACCUGGACCAUCAGGGCCUGGUCUUCAGCGGCCUGCUGCUCUACCUGUGCGACUCUUUUGUGGUGUCUGGACUCCUGAAGAAGUUCCGCUUCCUGAAAGGGGCCACGCUCUGCGUGAUUUGCCAGGACCGCAGCUCCCUGAGGCAGACCAUUGUGCGCCUGGAGCUGGAGGAUGAGUGGCAGUUCCGCCUGCGCGACGAGUUCCAGACGGCCAACUGCAGCGAGGACCGGCCCCUCUACUUCCUGACCGGACGCCACAUCUGACCCCGCACAGAGACAGGUGGAGAGACCACGGGGAGCGUCCUGCUUCACCUCCACCUGGUCAGUGGCUCUAUCAGUGGAGUGCAGGCCGACCAGGAUAUGUAGACCUUUGGGCUAUGGACAUGGCUGUGACCUUUCGCCCUGCACUGCACUACUGCACCGCACACAGGAAGGGCCUACAUCACAGACGUUCGUGAGGUGUCUAACCUUGCCAAAAUGCCUGGCCAAAAUUUAGCUCAGACUUGCCUCUCGUUGGAAAUUAGACGUCUCAAUCAGAGCUUCUGUUUGGUAAGCUCACAGUUCUUUAAUGAUUCAGGGCCCUAUCAUGACAUUCUAAAGUUCAUCUUCACUCGUCAAAAGUCUAUUCAAAUUUAGUAGGAUGUCCAGUUCACAUUGGGAGGGGUUUCGUUAUCAAACGUGGAGCGCAUGGCGCAACAAGGUGUUCCUAGGUUUUUUAAUCAGUCAUAUGGGUGUGUUUGGGGCGUAACAUCAUUUUAAACCAAUGAGAAUCUGGCAUUCCCUUUAACGACGCAACGCGCAAUAUGUCAAAUAAAUGCAUCUGUAUUUUGGCAUUCAAUGGCGCAUUUGAAGGAGGCUGCUUGCAAGACCGUAUGGAAUAGUCAUUCUUAAACUAUGCUUUACUAAAACCUAGCAUAGCC